UUUGAUCUGUGUUUUUAAUAAAAUUAAUUUGUUUAUAUAAAUUCAACAAUCACUUUAUAACAAUAUGGCUCAAGAAUUAAUAAUUUAUGGUGGUGAUUUAAAAGUACCGCCAUGCGAAAGAAACUUUUCACAAUAUGUGUUAGAUAAAAUGGCGGAAAAUUCAAAUAAAAUUGCACAGAUUGAUCCAGUAAAUAAAAUAACUCAAACGUUUGGUGAAUUGAGACUGAAUUCAAUUCGUUGUGCAUUAAAAAUGAAACAAGAUGGUUUGAAACGUGGAGACAUGAUAAUGAUUUGUGGACGCAAUCAUUUGGAUUUGGUGGUCCCAUUUUUGGGUGCCAUGUAUUUGGGUGUGACAAUAAAUCCAUUACAUCCAGAUUAUUCAAGAAAUGAAAUUUUACGAAUGAUAAAAAUAACUGAACCCAAAAUAAUUUUCUGUGAUCAGGAAUGUACAAAUUUAAUGACAGAACUUAUCACUGAAGCUAAAUUACAAAGUAAAAUCGUAACAUUUGAAACGGAUUUUAAAUCAUAUUUAAAAUCACAUAAAUCAACUGAAGAGGAUAACUUUAUAACUGAAAUUGUUGAUGUAAACAAUGAUAUAUUAUGUAUUAUCUGCACCAGUGGUACAACAGGACUUAUAAAAGGCGUUACUGUCACUCAUAAAGCAUUUUAUUACGCAAUACUAACUUGUGGCGUGGGAUUUGUUUCAGAUGAAGAUAGCCCACUUUUAUAUUACUCCCCACUAUCCUGGAUUUCGGCUGUAAUGUUAAUAAACACUGCAAUCUGGAAUGGAGUUUCACGAAUAAUGUGUGAAUAUGAACCGAAACGAAAUUUGGAAAUUAUGUUGGAAUAUAAUAUCUCAUGGUUAUUUGUGACACCAAUAAAAGCUUAUGAAAUGGUUAAUCAUCCAUUAUUUAAACAAAAUAUAUCCAAAAUAUCGAAAAAUUUAAAAUAUUUUUUAUUUGGCGGAAGUCCAUCAUCGGAAAAACAUGUAAAGGAAUACCAUCAAAUAUUUCCAAACACAUUUAUUUUUAAUGGUUACGGUAGCUCCGAAAUGGCCGGUUGUCAUGGACUAUUUGUUAGAAAUAAACAUGAAAGUAUGCUGAAACAGAAAAUAAUGUCAUCUGGUCAACCAAUUAGUGGAAUUUAUUGGAAGAUAAUAGAUCCAGAAACUGGGAAAACUGUUGGUCGAAAUAAAGAAGGAGAACUAUGCGUAAAAGGUCCAACUAUAACUAAAGGAUAUUACAAGGAUCCAGAAGCAACUGCAAAGGCAAUAAUAGACGGAUGGUUCCAUACUGGAGAUAUCGUUAAAGUAGAUGAUGAGAAUUGUUUAUGGGUUGUGGGUCGAUCCAAGGAAUUAUUCAAAUACAAAGGAUGGCAGGUCUCACCAAGUGAAUUAGAAGAUGUUUUACGAACCCAUCCUGCUGUUCAAGCUGUUAGUGUGAUGGGUAAACCCCAUGAAACUGAUGGCGAUCUACCGCUUGCGUUUAUUGUGAAAAAGGAAUCAGCGAAAAAUGUUACCGAAGAUGAAAUUAUUAAAUUUGUUGACAAACAAGUUGCUGACUGUCAAAAGUUACGUGGAGGAGUAAUUUUCUUGGAUGCAUUGCCGGUAACACCUACCGGAAAAAUACGAAAAAUGGUCUUAAAGCAAUUAAUAAACUAUGAACUGAUUGAUCCAGUUAAUAAAAAAAGUCAAACGUUUGGUGAAUUGCGAUUGAAUUCAAUUCGUUGUGCGUUAAAAAUGAAACAAGAUGGUUUAAAACGUGGAGACAUGAUCAUGAUUUGUGGACGCAAUCAUUUGGAUCUGGUCGUCCCAUUAUUGGGUGCCAUGUAUCUUGGUGUAACCAUAAAUCCAUUACAUCCAGAUUAUUCAAGAAAAUCUACAAAUUUAAUGACAGAACUUAUCACUGAAGCUAAAUUACAAAGUAAAAUCGUAACAUUUGAAACAGAUUUUAAAUCAUAUUUAAAACCACAUAAAUCAACUGAAGAGGAUAACUUUAUAACUGAAAUUGUUGAUGUAAGCAAUGAUAUAUUAUGUAUUAUAUGCACCAGUGGUACAACAGGACUUAUAAAAGGAGUUACUGUCACUCAUAAAGCAUUUUACGUUUCAUUACAAACUUCUGGCCUGGGCCCAUCAUUGGAAAAACAUGUAAAAGAAUAUCAUCAAAUAUUUCCAAAUACAUUUAUUUUAAAUGGUUACGGUAGCUCCGAAAUGGCUGGUUGUCACGCACUAUUUGUGAGAAAUAAACAUGAAAGUAUGCUGAAACAGAAAAUAAUGUCAUCUGGUCAACCACUUGCUGGAGCUUAUUGGAAGAUAAUAGAUCCACAAACUGGGAAAACUGUUGAUCGAAAUAAAGAAGGAGAACUAUGCAUAAAAAGUUCAACAUUAACUAAAGGAUAUUACAAAGAUCCAGAAGCAACUGCAAAGGCAAUUAUAGACGGAUGGUUCCAUACUGGAGAUAUUGUUCAAGUGGAUGAAGAGAACUGUUUAUGGAUUGUGGGUCGAUCCAAGGAAUUAUUAAAAUACAAAGGAUGGCAGGUUUCACCAAAUGAAUUAGAAGAUGUUUUACGAACACAUCCUGCUGUUCAGGCUGUUAGUGUGGUGGGUAAACCUCAUGAAACUGAUGGCGAUCUACCGCUUGCGUUUAUUGUGAAAAAGGAAUCAGCCAAAAAUGUUACCGAAGAUGAAAUCAUUGAAUUUCUUGACAUAAAUAAAAUUACUCAAACGUUUGGUGAAUUGAGAUUGAAUUCAAUUCGUUGUGCAUUAAAAAUGAAACAAGAUGGUUUAAAACGUGGAGACAUGAUCAUGAUUUGUGGACGAAAUCAUUUGGAUCUGGUCGUUCCAUUAUUGGGUGCCAUGUAUCUUGGUGUAACAAUAAAUCCAUUACACCCAGAUUAUUCAAGAAAAUCUACAAAUUUAAUGACAGAACUUAUCACUGAAGCUAAAUUACAAAGUAAAAUCGUAACAUUUGAAACGGAUUUUAAAUCAUAUUUAAAACCACAUAAAUCAACUGAAGAGGAUAACUUUGUAACUGAAAUUGUUGAUGUAAACAACGAUAUAUUAUGUAUUAUUUGCACCAGUGGUACAACAGGACUUAUAAAAGGUGUUACCAUAACUCAUGAAGCAUUUUACGUUUCAUUACAAACUUGGGGUGUAGGCCCAACGUCGGAAAAAUAUAUACAGAAAUAUCAUGAACUACUUCCGAAUACAUUUAUUUUUAAUUGGUACGGAAGCUCCGAGAUGACCGAUAGUCAUGGACAAUUUGUGAGAAAUAAACAUGAAAGUAUGCUGAAAGAGAAAAUAAUGUCAUCUGGUCAACCACUGAAUGGAAUGUAUUGGAAGGUAAUAGAUCCAGAAACUGGAAAAACUGUUGGUCGAAAUAAAGAAGGAGAACUAUGCAUAAAAGGCCCAACAUUAACUAAAGGAUAUUAUAAUGACCCAGAGGCAACUGCAAAAGCAAUUAUAGAUGGAUGGCUUCAUACUGGGGAUAUUGUUAAAGUGGAUGAUGAGAACUGUUUAUGGGUUGUGGGUCGAUCCAAGGAAUUAUUAAAAUACAAAGGAUGGCAGGUUUCACCAAGUGAGUUAGAAGAUGUUUUACGAACACAUCCUGCUGUUCAGGCUGUUGGUGUGAUGGGUAAACCUCAUGAAACUGAUGGCGAUCUACCGCUUGCAUUUAUUGUGAAAAAGGAAUCAGCGAAAAAUGUUACCGAAGAUGAAAUUAUUAAAUUUGUUGACAGUCAAGUUGCUGAUUGUCAAAAGUUACGAGGUGGAGUUAUUUUCUUGGAUGCGUUGCCGGUUACUCCCAGCGGGAAAAUACGAAAGAUGAUCUUAAAGCAAUUAAUAAAGUAAUUCUUAUUAAAUUUGU